AUGCUGAUUUUGGGGUAUGUGAACCACUUCCUGUGCAGGUCAAAGGUGGUUACUCAUGUGUGCUACCUCUCAGAAAUGCAAAGUAUGAACGAACUACCGAGGGGGGGAUGAUAAAGCACGAAUGCAAGGAAGGGCUGUGUUUGUUAUUGCUAAGUACCUAGAAUCAGUGUAUUUUUGUAUAAUAAAGUAAGUGUGUAGCAAUGUGUAUGUGUGAGAUGUAACAAAAAAAUGCGUGUAUGGAGGCGGAAUUGUGCACAUAACGCCCUCCAAAAUAUGCGUGAAUAAGGGGUACGUUUUGGUGUCUUAAUUAUUUAUGGGAGCUUGUCAUUUCUAACCCUAGUUAAUCUGCUACACUAUAAUGUAUUACUUCUUUACUCUAAAUAUGUACUCUGAAAUAUAACAUCUUUUCAAAGCUACGAGGUUUACCCAUUACUGAGAUUUGUAAGGAAUUGGUGGGGUGCAAUUCCUUGUUUAGUGAAUAGACCCCAUGGAAAAUACAGGGUAACAUUGUAGAGAAAUGUGUGAACUAGAGGAAAACAACUGAUCUUUGCAAGAUUGGUCUGUGCUCUUGUAUAUUUAAGCAGUUCUGCAGUUACAGAUGAGUGCUGUUUUAAAAGAUUGUGUUAUGUAGGUGGUGCUUUUGUCAUUUUUUUGGGGGGGGGAGGGGGGAUAAGAGAGAGUAUUUAUAAAAAAAAAAAAAUAUUCCCUGAGUACAGUAGAUUUGAAACUCCACUCUGUUGUCUUGUCUUUUCUCUAUAAACCAGUAGGUGCUGUAAUUCAGCAAUGUUCAACAUUCCUUUAAAAAGGAGAAAGAGAGAAAACGCAUAUCCAAGUGGUUUUCCUCUACCUGAAUGUUUGUUUCCUGAUGUUUGUGUGUUCUUGGUGGAGCGCAGGAUGGGGUCUGGCCGGAGAAACUUCCUCACGGCACUGGCACAGAGGAAAGGAUUCCGUGUGGUGUCAGAGUACAGGUAAUGAGCUGGCCCAUUUCUCAAACCCUUUGCUGCAAUUAUUCUAAAUGUAAAGAAACAUUCCAUUGGUUUGUUAAGAUUAUUAACAAUCUCUUUAUUGCCCUGGGUAUGUGGUGUGAAAGCGCAUGCAGUGCUAUCUGUACUGCCCUUGAAUUCUGUGACAUGGCACUAUGCAUGGUACAUCCACUAUGCUAAAGUACACUUCUUUCCUAAAUGUUAUGCAUUAUUAUGGCACAUACCUUAUCAAUUGGAACUUUCACACUAUUUAAUUCCUUUUCAGUGAUAGAGUUACUCAUGUGGUGUCAGAACAAAACUCCAGCUCUGAUGUCAUGGCAUGGAUUGAAAGGCUUACAGGCCAGCCAGUGCUGUCUAGGGAAACUAAGGAUGGACCACAUCUUCUAGACAUCUGCUGGUUCACAGAGAGCAUGAGUUCUGGAAAACCUGUAGUGGUGGAACCCAGACACUGUCUAGGGGUAAGUGAAAGAGGCACAUGUAGCUGAAAGUAGUUCUAGAGAAAUGUUGCCUUUUGAGGUCAUCUGUUUAUAUACUGGCACAUACAAUGGAAAUGCAAUGAUAGUGCAGUUUUUUGGUGUUUUUUUUUUUUUGAUGGUUCACAACACCUCACUCUGCUUUUAAUAUAUCUAUUUGCUUAGUCAGUCAUUGUACCUCUUCUAUAAAGUACAUCCUGGAUUAUACUAAUGCCAGUACAGCUAACCAGUUCCAAGUUCUUCUACAAGAUACUGAAUCCACUCAAGAUUUCCUUUUACCAUGAACAAGUGGAAUUUGAUCCAUGUUGAAUUGUGAGAUGUCAGUACAAUACACCAGACGUAGUGUUUCCUAUGCCAGCAGAUAUAAGCAAAAGUGGUGGAGGCAUAAUCAAUGUAUACAUUAGCGUUUAUAGACUGAUCAGCCACAACAUUAAAACUACCUACACUCCAUCGUACAGCGCUACGGAACUUGCUGGCGCUAUACACAUAAUGAAAUAAUGAUAAUAUCGUAUAAGUUCCACUCGUGUUGCCAAAACCGCUCUGAUGCAUGGAUUGUACAAUAGCUCUGAACUUUUACUGUAGUAUUGAGCACCAAGACAUUAGCAGCAGAUCCUUUAAGUCCUGCAAGUUGUUAGGAGGGCCUCCAUGGUUGAGAUUUGUUGUUCCAGCACAUCACAUGGAUGCUCAAUCGGAUUGAGAUCUGGGGAAUCUGGAGGCCAGAUGGUGUUCUCAUUAUGUUUUGUGUUGGUCCUUAGACCAUUCCUGACAUAAUUGUGCAAUGUGGCAGGCUACAUUAUCCUGCUGAGAGAGACCACUGUCAUCAGGGAACACCAUUGCCAUGAAGGGAUGUACAUGGUAUGCAACAAUCUGUAGGUAGGUAACUUCCACUUGAAUGCCAUGACCCAAGAUUUCCAAGAAGAACAUUGCCCAGAGCAUAAUACUGCCUCCGCCAGCCUGCCUUCUUUCCAUAGUGCAUCCUGCUCCCAUCUCUUCAGGAAAAUGACACACACGCACUCAACCAUCCAAUUCUAACAUUCACAUCCCCACUGAAGCUGCUUUCAGCGGUGGAUAGGGGUCAUCAUGGGCAUUCUGACCGCUCUGCGGCUACGUUGCAAACUGCGAUGCACUAUGUGUUCUGACACAUUUCUAUCAUGACCAGCAUUAUGUUUUUAGCAAUAGCAGUAGCGCUUCUUUGUGAUCGGACCAGAGGGGCUAGCCUUUACUCCCCACAUGCAUCAUUGAUCCUUGGGUGCCCAUGACCCUAACCUAGUUCACUGGUUGUCCUGCGUUGCACCACCUCUGGUAGGUAAUAACCACUGCAUACUGGCAACACCCCACUUGCUGUUUUGGAGAUGCUCUGACCUAGUCGUGUAGUCAUUAAUUACUAUUUGGCCCUUAUCAAAGUCACUCUGAUCUUUUUGCUUGCCCAUUUUACCUGCUCCCUACACAUGAAAUUCAAGUAGUGACUGUUUAUUUGCUGCCAUUGUAACACACUUCACCUUUCAGUGGUUUUAAACCCUUAAGCUUAAGGAAGCAGUUUUGGUGUAUAUAUCAUGUACCUGCAGUCUCACUACUCCAUUAUCUGCUAUUUAGGAGUAAAAUCACUUUGUUUAUGCAGCCCUAGUUACACCUCCAUGCAUGUGACUUGCACGGCAUCCCUAAACAUGUCCUGUAAAGAGUAAUCUAAUGUUUACACUUCCUUUACUGAAAACUCUUUCAUUUAGAAUUUAUCUCCUGCUCUGUUAAUAGCUUGCUAGACCCUGCAGCAGCCUCCCGUGUGUGAUUAAAGUUAAAUUUACAGAGCAGGAGAUAAAAAGUAAGUUAUAUCUGAUUUUAAAGUGAAACCAUGUAUGUAAGCCUGCUUUUAUGCCGAGUGCAGUCACCGGCAAUGCAGGGAUUUCUCUAGUGGCAGCAAAUCACUGCCCGUCGGAGACGCAUGCGCACGGCGGUGGAACGCAUGUCCGGGUGGUUUUGCAUUCCACCGGAGUUCCGACCGCGCUAUUGCGCAUGCGCGGUCUGAACUCCCCGAUAUGGCGCCAAAUUUAAAGCGGAUCUGCCUAUUUAUGCUGUGCAGAUCUUCCUGUCAACAUGGAUGCUUGGCAGUGAAGGUCUCCCGUGUCACCAGCCCCCACACGGGUCAGAGGUUUUAGAGAUAUGAUUCUUUAGACUCUCAUCUUUAAAACUCUCUUUUUUUUUUUUUUUAUUGUUUCUAGAAAAUGAUUUAUUGCUUAUGUAUUCCAGACAUGUCUAGUCCUGUCUCUACUGAUAUUCUGGAUAAAGACAAAAUGCCUACACCUGUUUCUAAAAAAGCCAGUUCCAAAACUAAACAUAUCUGUUGUAGUGAAUGCUCUACUCCUUUACCAGUUGGCUUUAAAAGGAAAGUCUGUAAUGUUUGCACUUCCUUGACGCUUGAAAAAUCCAAGCAACAAGAGAUGAAAUCCUUUUUGUCUUGGUUUCAGGAUAAUCUGGCCCAGACUUUUGAGUCUUUUAAAGAUCCUGCUCACACUUCUCCUGUAAAAGCUACUAAACAGAAGUCUAAAAGGAAGAGAACUCCAUCUAGUUCAGAACUAUUAUCCAUUGAAUGUUCUUUUUCUUAUUCAGAAUCCUCUAGUGACUAUUCUAUUUCUGAGGUUGGAUUUCCUCAUGAUGAGUUGAGAAAAUUUAUUAAAGAGGUUAAUGUUAUCCUUUCUGAUGAAACGGUAGAUAAAUCCAAGGGCACUGUGGCUUAAAGCCUGGACAGCAGACACUGCAUCAAAAUCUGCAUUAUGUGAACUGCCUUUGGAGAAGAAAAAGUUGUUUGUUCUCCAUUAGAAGAGUUAAUCCGACAAAUGCCGGAAACCAAGAAGGCCCUGCCUCAAGACAGGAAAUAUGCCUGGAAACCCAAGUAUAGAAAUUUCCAGUUCAAAAACCGUAGGGGUUUCCAAGAAAAACCCAGGUUUUUUUCGUCAACAAAGAAAAAAUCCAAGAUUUGACACACAAAAAGACCUUAAGUCUGACAGAAACAAACAUUUUUGACACCGUCAGAGUGGGCGGAAGGUUGCAAGGUUUUGUGCACAGAUGGAGGGAGACCACUACCAAUCCAUGGAUUCUGAAUCUGGUGCAAAAUGGAUACCGAAUAAAAUUCUUAGAUGUUCCAAAACUGUGUUUCCUUGUCUCCUCCUACCGGUCGAAGUUAAAAAAAACAAGCCCUUUUUUUUUUUUCUGCCACGGUCUCCCUAUUAAGAAAAGGUGUGGUAGAAAGGAUUCCAACUUCCCAAGUAUAUCAAGGGGUAUACUCCAGGUUGUUCCUAGUCCCAAAACCAGACAUGUCUUUUCGUCCAAUCUUGGAUCUAAAAAACCUGAACAAACUCAUUCCUUACCAACAUUUCAGAAUGGAGACUAUAGCGUCUGUCACCCAUAUCCUUCGAAAAAGAGAUUUCAUGCCAACUUUGGAGCUAAAAGAUGCCUACCUGCGUAUUCCUAUGGAUGUGAAAUCAAGAAAAUACUUGGUUUGCUAUAAGGAAAGGGAAAAAGGUCCAUCAUUUCCAAUUCAAAGCCCUUCCAUUUGGGCUAGCUUCAGCACCCAGGAUUUUUACAAAGGUCCUCACACCGAUCACAGCUUUUUUAAGGAUGCAAGGAAUCACAGUAGUACCUUACUUGGACGACUGGUUAAUAAAGGCAGAUUCAAGAGGCGCUCUAGAGUCAGAUGUGGCCUAUACGCUAGAAAUCCUGGAAGAACAUGGUUGGAUUAUCAACCUAGAAAAGUCACACCUUACCCCUACAAGGUCUAUCCUGUUUUUAUGGUUUUUGAUCAAGUCGGAGUCUGUCAGUUCAUCUGACAAGAGAAAAGAGAAAAAAGAUAAAGAUUUUAAUAAAAAACCUUCUUCGGAUGUUAGAAUGUUCGGUGAGGAAAGCCAUGCAGGUUUUAGGUCAUCUGACCUCUAUAAUUCCGGCAGUAAAAUGGGCCAGAGCGGGAUCAAGGCCCUUACAGUGGGAAAUUCUUGUCCAAUGGUCAAAGAAGGAAGAAGAUUUGGAUGCUUUGAGUAUAUCAGAUCAUACAAAAGAAAAGAUCUCUUGGUGGCUAGGGGAAAAAUUCAUUACAGAAGGCCUGUCUUUUCGUCAAAAAUCUUGGAUCGUGAUUUCUACAGACACUUCAAAUACAGGUUGGGGAGCUCACCUCCUGUAUCACUUAAGACAAGGUGCUUGGUCGAAAAAGGAAACAAUGGAAUCUUCAAAUUUCAGGGAGUUGUUGGCAGUUCUCUAUGCUCUUCAGCAGUUAAAGGAUUUCAUUAUAGGAAAAGCUGUAAAGAUCCAGUCGGACAAUCAGACUACAGUCUCUUACCUAAACAAACAAGGCAGUACAAGAGUAAAAAAAUUGUAUUUCCUUUGCUCACGGAUUAUGUCCUGGGCUCAAAGUCAUCUAGACGACAUUUCCGCCAUUCACAUUCGAGGAGUAGAUAACAUGGUAGUGGGCGAUUUAAGCAGAUCAAAAUGGUCCCAGAACGACUGGUCUCUCAAUUCAGAAAUUUUCGCUCAUCUGGUGAAGAGAUUCGGUCUGCCAGUCAUAGACCUUAUGGCAAGAAGAUCAAAUGCAAAAGUAAGAUCGUUUGCCUCCCUCUUCAAGGUAGACAAGCCGCUGGUAAUGGAUGGUCUUUCGAUCCUAUGGGAGUUUCCCCUUGCUUACAUUUUUCCCUCAGUGAGCCUUGUCCCAAGGAUUCUGCAAAAGGUAACAUCAGAUCAAGCUCGUAUUCUGGCAAUAAUACUGUACUGGCCAAACCGCAGCUGGUUCUCGGUUUUAAAGAAGAUAGCUUUAAAGUACUGGAUUCUUCCGGUAACACCGGAUCUUCUGGAAAACAAGGGAAUUCCAAUACAAGUAUUGAACAUGUUAAGGUUGACGGCUUGGCUGCUGCACGGCUAAUUCUGCAUGAUAGGGGCAUUAAAGAAGAGAGGUUUCAGUUACUGUUAAAUUCUACCAGAAGCUCUAAUUCUUUUAUCUACUUAAAAAUUUGAACGAGAUUUCUUCACUGGUGCAUAUCUCAUCGUUGCAUAGGAUCCUCUCCUUCUACUGAUACUAUCCUUCAUUUUUUCAAGAUGGUCUUGCUCAAGGUUUUAGUCUGUCUACCCUCAAAGUCCAAGUUUCCGCUCUCACUCAUUUUUUUUUUUUUUUUUUUAAAUAAAUUGGGCUUCUGAUCCUCUCAUUAGGAGUUUUUUUUAAAGCUGUUAGACUCGUAAAGCCUCCUAAGAAAAUCUGUUUUCCCUCUUGGGAUUUGUCUUUAGUUUUUAAAUCUCUGUGUACUGAGCCUUUCGAACCUUUGGAAGAAGCUUCAUUGAAGAAUCUGUCCCUGAAAACCGUGUUUUUGGUGGCCAUUACUUCGGCUAAGUGGAUAGGGGAACUCCAGGCCCUUUCUUCCCCUCCUGCCUUUACAAAACUUAUUCCGGAUAAAGUGGUUAUGUACCCUAAGCCUUCCUUUCUUCCGAAAGUCAUCUCCUCCAAGGUUAUAAACCAACCUAUUUUACUUCCUUCCUUUAAUGGUCCAUCUAUGCCAGAUUGGAAAUCUGAUUGGAGCCAACUAGAUGUGGGUAGGUCUCUGAAAAUCUACUUGGACUGCUCCUCUACGUAUAGGAUGACUGAUCAUCUAUUUGUGAAUUUCUUUGGAAAAUGUAAAGGCCAAGUUGCCUCCAAGGCCACUUUAGCUAGAUGGCUGGUGGAUACUAUUAAAUUGGCUUAUUCUUCCUCGAAUCUACCUCUGCCUGCCUCCUUGAAAGCAUAUUCUACUAGAGCCAUGGCUGCCUCUUGGGCCGAAAAAGCGUGUGCCUCUCCGGAAGAUCUAUGCAAGGCGGCUACCUGGUCUUCUUUCAACACUUUUGUCAAGCAUUACAGGCUAGACAUAUUCUCUGCUUCUGAUGCUGAUUUUGGGCACAAGGUGUUACAAGCUGUUAUUGCCUAACUUCCCGCCCUUAGUAUGGGAUCUCGAUAUAUCCCUAUUGUACUGCCACCAUAUGUCAGGAAAAACUGUAAUUUUACUCACUGUAAAUUCCUUUUUCCUUAAUAUGUUGGCAAUACAUCACUCCCUCCCUUUAUGUAUAUAAUAUUUGGGUGUUCUGUGGAUUCACUGAGGUGUUCUUGGUACGUACUGAGGUCCCUGGGCUGGUUGGGUCUUUUUUUUUUUUUUCAUGCAGGCUGUGCACGUCACAGCCAGGGAAGGUGUGGCUUAAUGGCAGUGAAUUGAGCAGUAAAACGUCAGAAAAAAGGCAGUGUUUACAUUGCUCCCUAGGUAUACCUCCAGUGGCCACUCCUCUGAUGGCGACUCCUCAAAAGUCUUCCAAAGAGGGAGUAUUGGGGGAUUGGGUAUCAGACAAAAUUUUCAGACAAAAUUUUGAACAAUCAAGAAAUGGGCUUAGCUCUCCUAUGGCUUUUUAAUUUAAAAAAAAAUAAAUAAAAAAACACACACACACACACUCUCACUCACUCACUCUCUCUCUCUGCAAUAUUUUUGUACCAGGACCUAGUUUUCAGUUCACCAGAUAAGGUUUUUUUAUAUUGAUCAGCCAAGUCUACUUCCCCCAUAUACUCAGUUCUUCCUCUGACAGAAACAGGCACUGUGCAUUGUAGACCGUAUAUAUACAUCUUGAUCUGUUAACCCGAAGAACCACCAACUCUUCCUGGUGGAGAGCUGAAAAGGAGCCUCUACUGUUUCUGCCGCUUGUCAGGGUUUAGGUGAAACUUUUGUUUUAUGCAUUGUGCCACAUGGUAGGGUUUCUAAAAAAAAAAAAAAAAUGUUUUAAAUAAAUCAAUACAGUUAUGAUUAUCAACCCAUAGAUAAUAACCCUUAAUUAACAAGGGAAGGAUUAGAUCCCACACAAUCUUGAAAUUUGUGCACAACAGAAUCAGGGUAUCAUGGUGGGUCAAGAGUGCUAUCCUGCACUUGAUAAAUCUGAAACGCCCAUGUAUAGCCAGUAAUGGAUUCACAUAAUUGAUAGAAUUUGAUAUCAUACCAUGACCGCUCAGAUGGGAUAUAUAUGAAAAGCAGCCUACCUUUUACAUUUCACAAGAAAUUAGUCAAUAAAAAUGUUUGUCUGGGAUAUAAUUUUGGAAAAACUUGUCAGACGAGUUGGAUAAGGUGGAUUUUGUAAAAUCUGUCAAACAAUGGGUCAUUUCUACAGGGGAUACAGUUCAUUAUCGUUAAAAUGGAGGGAUUGCAGCAUUUGCUCGUCGCAAUUCCUCUCCAUAACUGCUGGAAAAAGAGGGAUAGCCAGGAUUGAGUUCAUGUGCCAGUAGAACCUGAUUUUUCACAAAUCCCAUUAGGGUUAGUAACCCAAUCUUAUUUUUUUUCUGUGACGUGUUUUUUUUAUUUAUUUAUUUAUUUAUUUAUUUUUUCGUAAUGUGACCCUGGAAUCUCAGAAAGAUACUGGUUGGUAAACAAGUUGGUUUUCUCAACCAUCAGCUUAAAUAUGACAUAAAGUGGCUAAAAUAGUUCACUGGCUCACAAACAUCUGCUGUUGUCGUGCUGCCAGCUGUAGCUGUGAGUGGGGGGUAUAUCUGGGGCAGUCAAGUUUGGGAGUACCUUGUUUUUCCUCUGGCACUGUGGGGCAACCGAAGUGCAUCCUUGUAGAUGGUGGUGUGGACUCGCUUAGGGGCUUAAGUUAGAGGCUGUCAUGGUGUUACUAUCAGAGCCUACUGGAAUGACGUAUGCUUCCUCCGCCGUAUAAUGGCGUGCCAUCUUAGUGGGAUUAAUUAAAGCUAUGUCCUUGAGUGGUUAAUUUACCUGUAGUUCUCAAUGAGUUCCCCAAUAGGGAGCUUUUUUUUUUUUCUUUUGUAUCUCAAACUUUCAAAUCUGGAGUAUGUAUUGUGACUGUUUAAAGGAAAAUGGUAUUUAGUAAUACAUGUAUUUUAUUUUUUUAACUUUCUUAAGGUUGUACAGCCCCUGGCUACUCCUGAAAAAGUACUCAGAACGCAGAUGCCAUCGUAUACUUGUCAGAGGCGAACACCAUUAAACCAUCAUAAUAGCACACUUACGGUAACUAGCUGUACAUCAGAGGGUACCUGGCUGGGAGUGGGUUUUAGUUAUGUCAUCCUUUUGACUUUUGUAUGAGUUUCUGCAUACAUUAUUAAUUGCAUGGCUGUUUAGAGAAAUCCACUAUGUGUGUUACAUGUCUGAAACCACAAAGUGUAUUUCAGAAAAGGUGAAUUGCCUAUUUGAUAUGGAGCCCCUUCGUCACCUUGGUAAUGAAACUUUAUUGAACAGUAUCACUUAUCUCUUCAUUCUGUCACAGGACGCUCUUGAAAUUCUUGCACGGGCAGCUUUCUUUCAGAGUUCAGAAGUUCGCUAUUUAGGUUUUACUAGGGCUGUAUCCACAUUAAAGUCUUUGCCCUUUAAAUUGCAAUCUGCAGAGGAAGCCAAAGAUCUGCCGUGGUGUGGAGGUCACUGCAAAACAGUCAUCCAGGUAUGAGGACAUGGCAUAACAUGGCAGUAAGACACGUUUAACCAGGCUGAAUAGUGUAAAAAUAAAACAAAAGCAGAAAAUUGUUUUUUAAUUUUUCUUUUUUUGUCUCCAAACUGUUUUAUUGAAUUAGAUAUAACAGCCUUGCAUGAGCUAUUUUAUAAUCACUUAUCAUCAAAUUUUAAAAAUAAUGGCAAAAAAGUGAAACUAUUUUAGCCUAUAUUUUGCAUUUCAGUUUUUAAUUCAGUGUUUAGUAAAUGUACACUUGAUUUUACUUACAGGAUUAUUCACUAAAGUGAGAAUUCAAAGUGAGUUUUAAAUUUAAGGUCUAAAUAGCCAUUUGGAAAAAAUUCUCUAUGUCCGCUAUGCUUCCAGUUUGGCUACUUUGUCCUUUAAAGCGGCACUGUCACCAUCUGAGGACUUUGCAAAGACCCUGAUGGUGACAUUGCUAAUAAGGGUACCGGCAGGCAGCAAAUGUGAGUUGUACUUACCCUAUCUUGUCCCUCGCGGCCACCCCUAUCCUUUUCUGCCUCACCCUCAUCUGCUCGUGGCACUUCAGCAGCCAGGAGUUGACAUUACUGCAGUACAAUUGAGGAAAGGGUAAACCAAGAUAUUGCGAGAAUUCAAAGGAAAGCUUUCUUGGAAAGGCGAUUUAGUCUGAGAAAUUUUGGUUGAAAAAGGAAGUGGAGCCUAAUUAAGGUCCACCCAGUGUCUAUGAAAGUCAAGCGUAAGAAAAAUACGUAAGUCAAAGUUGUCAGGGGCGGGACCUGAGCCUCAUGACGGCUGUACGUGCUGUCUAUGUGCUCUGAGAACAAUCUCUCUAUUCUAAGCUGAUUUUCUGCCUACCAGCUUGUCACAGAGACUUCAUCCAAAACUUUCAGAGGCCGGCAAAGGUGCCUUGAGUUGAUCUGUGUGCUUGUUCCAUUUAUGGAGGGGUUUCUCAAUGUCCUAGGGAAGAUGAAGGGCAGUAAGCAGCCACGACUGUAUUGUUGGAAUUCAUAUAGCUUGUUUGUAUUCCAGUAGACCAACAAAGAGUAAGUUGUCGCCUCUACUUCUGUUUUCUAGGUCAUCCUCUUUAUCACGUUAUUGUUCCAUUUGUUGUGUUUGGGAAGCGAUUGUGAUUUGUAGGGAGGUUCUCUUGGUCGCUUGACGUUGUUCUACGUCCACCCAGUCUGAAAGAAUUGGAUGCAAUGUGUCAUGGCUGUGUCAAUAGAGGAUUUCCAUUAGCUUGGUAUUGAAGAAUGACCAUAAUGUGUCUCUGAUUACAGUAGCUAUGGUUAAGGAUUGUGUGGGCAAAACUAAUGAUUGGGAUUGAGAAAUAUUUGUGUUUCCAUUUGUGAGAAGGAUUUUUCGCACAAUUUGCUUUGCUUUUAAAAAAAAAAAUAAUUGUAUUUAUUUUUGCAAUGACCGAAAUUGCAAUAUAUCAACAACAUAGAGGCUUGUGCAUAAGCCAAAUCUGUUUCAUCCAUCAUAUUUGUUGUGUUACUGAAAAAAUCAAGUGGCAUUAAAGUAUACAUGUUGGCAUAUAGUGGUAACAGGUAUGUUCGCAAUCUAUCAAAGUUUUUAAAAUUUUAUAAAGAACCAAACAACGUAAUAUAGCAUAACUGCUCUGCUGAUCUAUUUCAGAAGGAUGAGAGUCUUAUGCCUCACCGCUAAACCUGUCUCGGGUCAGCGGCCACCAUAGGGACGGGGGGAGCCCGAUGACUCCCAAUUUGAUUUGCUUUUAAUGCACUUUUUGGGAGGAGAGUGUGGAGUGGACAAGGUGUGGCUAGGUGAGGUACCAAUCGAUUCUCUGGAUGGAUGUUAAAGGUGUGGAGGCAAAUAGGGGAGCUCUGAUUUAAUCUCUGGCUUUGAAUACAUGUCCGAUAAUAACAGCCUCUAAAAUGUUCGAAUUCUGACCGUGGGCAGUCUCGGUUGUAGCCUGCACAGACUGCAGUAUGGUGGAGUGUAAUGCAAUAGGACUCAAAAACAAUGAGGAAACUCCAAAAAGAUCCAAAAUGCAUUUAAGUCCAAUGAGGUCCUUUUUGUAGGGGUAUAUUAAUACAUUUCAAAAUCCUCAUACAGUACAAUGCAGCCUGGAGAGCUACGGAGUAUGGUGAAAAUGAGGCUUCCUCUUCACAAGUAGGCAAUUAUUAAUAACCACAGGCUACUAAUAAGGUAGAGCACUUUACAUACAAUGUGGUACUUAAGUUCCACAUGAUAUAUAAAGCGCUCCACUUUAUUUUUAUUAUCUGUAUCUGUUUUCUUGGGUAUUGAGAUAAGGGGUCUCACACAGGUGUUUUAGAGCAGCUUUUUAUGGUCUCUACUUGUGUGAUAACAGGUAGUUGUUUCUGUUUCCUUCUGGAGAUGAUAUAGCCCUACUAUAUGGUAGGCACUUUUCUCUGUUGCACCAGCAAAAUGAUAAAAUAAAAAUUUAAUCACAGUCCACUUUGUUAAAGAGCUGUGGAUUGAAAUCCAAGAUGGCUGAUGAAUGUGGCCCAGUAUACCGGGCCAGACUGGCCAAAUGCUCUACAGUGAUCAAAUUGUUGCUAGGUUUGGCACCCCAAAAUCCCCAGUUCUUUAUGGGAUGGAGCCAGCAGCAUGAAAGGUAUGCUCCACUAUCUGAGAGUAGAGCUGCAGCUCCAGACCACAAGUGUGGGCCUGCCUCAUGGGUGAUUGCAGCCAGUGUAGCCUAGAAACAGAGCUGACACCUGGGAGAGGCACUGGAGAAGAAUUUCUGGAAUGGGGAUACAGCAGUGUCCCCUCAAAUGGAGAUAGGCUAUGAUGUCCCCGCAGAGAAGGCCAGGUGGGUGGUAGACUCUCAGAUGCACAGAGGUUUGCCAUGUUCGCCGCCUCCUCAGGAAGUCACAAAGUUUAAAACCUGUUUCUCUAGAUAUUCCUGCUUAAUCACUGGUAAAUUUAAAUCUGUUCCACAUAUGUGGAUGUGCACAAAUUGGGCACAUGUGUUACCCUCAAGGCCUGGAAUGAGCAAAUUCAGGAAAAAAUGCAGUUUUAAACAAGAAUGAAUACAUAUAGGUAAUAAAUAUAAAAUUAAUAUAAUAUUAUUGUGCUUACAUUCAGGAAAUCCUGGAAGGAGGAGUAUGCAGAGAAGUGGAAACUAUCAAAAGCAAUGAGCAAUACCAGGCUAUGCAGGUAUGGGAUAGUGGUUAAACACACAUUGUUUGUACUGUAUAGUAGUGGGGUUUGAGGUUAUCUGCCUUUUUUACAAAACCGUAAUUUCUGACUACUUGUCACCUAACGUCACUCCUGAUGUCUCUUAACUGGUAGCCUAGGAGGCACACUAAACAAUUCUUUGUGGUUACUUUAUUGCAUUUGCACUGCAUGCAAGAUGCAACAUAACCAGCGGGCCAUUAACCUUAAAGGGAUCGUAUACUCCUGAAAAUAAUCAUUGUUUUGGGAAUAUACGUUCUGUAUCAUUAGUGACCCCUAUCCAUCCCUCUUUUCCUUAAAAUAUCUCUGGCAUUAUAAGGUUCAGUUGCAAAGCUGAAAAGUUGCUUUGACCAUAGACUAACAGAGUCUGCUCAUGAAUAUGACUUUUUGUGCACAGGUAUUUUAUUAUGUUUCCUGUAUUUGAGACCAUCCCUGUCUGGCCGUACCAUAAUUAGUAUACUGAGCAUCUGCGAUCUCACCUGGAUUUGAACCAUGCCUGCUGUUAUUGUUAUGGUAUGAAUUCCUGUAACCCCCAGUGUCCAGUCAUUUUAUUUUUAGUGAUUGGCCAGCUGCCAAAGAAUGGGCACAUAAUUUUGACAGUUAGAAUUUUAAGCACGCUGUCAGUGCUGCUGAAAUCCGGACACAGUUAGGGCUCAUUCUGAGUCAGAAUUGCAAAAAAUCAGAACAUUGUUACAGUGUCAACAAGAUAUUUCUGUCUAAAUGGGCCCCAUGGUUCAGCCCCAUUCAGACUCUAGUAAAUAGCCCUUGCAACUGCAUAUUGUUUAGGCUGGUAGAUGGACUAGUGGGAAACUAGAAACCCCUAAUUUAAAUUGGUAGCAGAAAAUAGCCAUGUGAGUUAAUUUUUGUUUUGUAUUUCUGGUUCAAGAAUGUUUUCAGAGGAUGGAAGAUGUAUCUCCCUAUAAGUGGAAAUGAAGGAAGUGGUUUUUAUGGUUUCUCUGGUAAAAUCAACUUCUGAUAGUCAUUAGUGAAGAGGGAAUCCAGAGUUUAGCUAAUCUAAUCACUCUCAGCCAAUGAGUUAGUCAGUGAGGAACUUUUGUCUCUCUGGCAUUAUUAGUGGGGAGUGGUAUUCUAUAACAAUCUGACUAUGUAAAAGGGGGUUGCCAGGGCACUCCUUGCACUAUAGUCACUAAAGUGAGCUAUUUUAAUAGCGUGGGUAUGUUAAGAAGUCAUCAAGUUUAGGAUUCAUUGCCUUAUGAGCUACUUAAAGGGUUAUUCCAAGAAUAACAUCAGCAUCAGAACCACUACAGAUCAAGUGAGGUGUACUGGCAUGUUUCCCCAUUGGCUUACUAUUCUCAGCCAUUGAAUGCAAUUUUGACUGGGCUGGCUGAUUACACACUAAUGAUACUGCUGGAGGGAGGUGGAGUUUCAUAGCAAAACACUAUAUGACCACUUCAAAUCACUGAAGUGGUAAUGGUGUUUUGAAUAACCCUUUAAACUGAUUUGGGAAUAUUGCACUUGCUGUGCAGUUGUUAUCCAACAUGUAUUUUAGCUAGGCCAUUUUAAUCCUGUCCUUUCAACAGCUUUUAACAGGUAUAUAUGGCGUUGGUGUGCGUACGGCAGAGCGGUGGUACCAGGAGGGUAUACGAAAUCUUAAUGACCUAAAAAACACAGAAUCCAAACUAACAGUAGAGCAGAGAACAGGUGAAGCUCAGAGAGAAUUUAAAUGUUAAGAUCCACUGUAUAUGGCUGUACAAUAACAUGCAUUGUUUGUUACUAGGGUUACAAUAUUAUAAAGACUUGCAGCAACCUGUGACUCGUGAAGAAGCAGAACGUGUAGAACAGCUAGUAAAGGAUGCUUUGCUGAGGUUCAGCCCAGACGUCCAGAUUACAAUGACAGGAGGGUUCCGUAGGUAGGAAACCCAAACUAUGUAGAAGUUGGUAAAGUAUGUUUGCAUGUCACUUAUUAUCUUAAAGCAAAAGGUGAGCAUUUAUUUUCAUUAUAAAAAAAAAAAAAAAAAAAAAUUUACAUUCAAUUAACCGUUCAUAUGUGCUUCAGUUCUAAGUCAUGAGUUACAUUUGUUAGUGGAAGCUGUUUUUUAUUUUUUUAUAACAUACAAAAUUUAAUUUGCUAUACUCUAACCAGAAGUAGCUUAUAUAUAUAGAUAGUGCAUCCUUUCUAUGUAUAUAUUGUAUAUAAUUUCAGCGUGAGAUAGCACCAGGGCAUUGAGCUAAGUACUGUUUCACCAGCAAGGAGAUAGAUAGAUAGAUAUAUAUAUAUAUAUAUAUAUAUAUAUAUAUAUAGAGAUAGAUAGAUAUAGAGAUAUAUAGAUAUAUAUAUAUAUAUCUAGCUCCUUGCUGGUGAAACAGUACUUAGCUCAAUGCCCUGGUGCUAUCUCACGCUGAAAUUAUAUACAAUAUAUACAUAGAAAGGAUGCACUAUCCGGUCUUCCAAAGUUAUAAAGGUAUUUAUUCCAUCAAAUGGUAUGUAAUAAAGUGAUCGACGUUUCGACCCAUUCGGGUCUUCCUCAAGAUCAACAUACAACCAUAAAAACAAGCUUUAUAUAAGAAAAAUAAAGUGUACUCACCAAUUGUGAUUAUAGCCCUCCUCCCCUUACUCGAAACCCGGAAGUGUCUGUCUGUCGUCACAUGAUUUGCGUAAUAACGUAAACACGUUGGACAUGCGUGAUGAUGAAAGCGUGGUUGCUAGGAAACCAGUGUGUAUAUAAUACACGACCGGUUUAAUAUAGUUCCGUGUAGAGUGAAUCGUAAAGUCUGUGUGACUAUCUAUCGGGAUAUUAGUGAAUAUAAUAUAUACAGCAUGAGAAUCAUAUUAGAGCACAUAUGUGGAGCAUUCCAUAGAUUCAAUUAAGUGAAAAGAAAGACGUAUCAAAUGUAUAAAAAAAGCAUAAGGGAAAAUGAUGUCAGUGAAGAGACUGUGGGGAAAAAAGCUGUGAAAAGAAAUAUGACCAUGCCACACUGUAACAAUAAUGUGUAUAAAUUCAUAUAAAAAUUUAAAUAAUGUUGCUAUACCAUAGGAAGAACAUAUAUCAAGUCAACUAUUGUUAAGUAGACUAAUAGGUAUACGAUAUCUUGAUAUAGAUAUAUAUAGAUAUAUAUAGAUAUAACAUUUUAGGUAUCUACUAGGAAAUUAGGAUUCUGUUAAGAGCAUAUAAACCUAAUACUGCAGACAAAUAUAUUUGUCUUGAGUAGAUUUUGUUAAGAGCGAACCCACAUAUUAUAAAACUUCAUAGCUAAAGAGGAUCAUAGGGAGUAGCAUUAAGGAUUAAAUAGCCACCUUAGAGGUCUUAAGCAUAUUAUUACUGUAAUGUAAUACUACAGCAAUAGCAUACGACCAGGAGUGUAAGUUAGCUGAAAAAAGUAGAAAUAGUACAAAAUAUAAAAAAUAACGAGAAAAUAAAAUAUAACUAAUAAAAAAUAAAUAAAAAUAAAUAGAUACAGAUAAAUAGCUGGUGUUAUAUAUACAGGGGAUAUCUUUUCUAGGCAAGGACUUCAUCUUCAAAGGAAGAUAGAGUAAACAAUAUUUCCGUUCAGUCUUUUGGGUGUCACAGUGUCUAAAUGAUGUAUCCAGCGGGCCUCCCUUUGUAACAGCAUUUUGGAUCGAUCUCCCCCUCUAGGAAGCAUGGGAAUAUGGUCAAUAGCUGUGAAACGUAAAGUCGGUAGUCGAUGUCCUAAGACCAAAAAGUAUUUGGCAACUGGUUUGUCACUGGUGUCACGAAAUGCUGUGGUUAUGGUGGAUCGAUGGCCCCGUAUCCGAUCUCUAAGGGUCAGGUUGGUUUUACCCACAUAUGACAGUCCACAAGGACAAGUGAUCAUGUAGAUCACAUGGUCAGUGGUACAUGUUAUAUAUUUAGAGAUGUUAAUUCUUUGGCCACUAUGUGGAUGAGCAAACGAGGUUCCACUGACCAUGUGGCUACAGGUAACGCACCCACUACAUUUGAAGCAUCCCUUUCUGGCAAUUUUGGUAGGGAUUUGAUAACAAUGUCUAGGGUCUUUUCUCACCAGUAUAUCUCUGAGAUUUCUGUUUCUCUUAUAACUGAGUGUGGGUGAGUUUUGAAACGUCUUAGGUAAUUGUUUAUCCGCUUGUAGCAAUCCCCAGUGUUUACUGAUGGAAUUUCUGACCACCGAUGUACCCGUAUGGAAUGUGAUAGGGAGGAAUAUCUUUGGCAUCGAUGUUGUUUUAGUGAUCUUUUUAUCGUUUUCAGAUUCCCAUAUUUCUUUAGCUCGUGUCUUAGCUACUCUGAGUCUGUACCAGGUAUCCCCUAGCCCUGAAUCUGCUCCACAUUUCUUGAAGUUGUAUUUCACGAUGUUCCAUUGUAGUAUUGUACUUAUAUACUCUCAAAAAUUGGGAUAUAGAUAAAGAUGAUUUGAAAUUUUUCCGGUGGAAACUUGAAGCCAUAAGUAGGGUAUUCCGUUCCGUCUUUUUACGAUAGAGUGUGAACUCCAAUUUCCUGUCUUGUUUAAAGAUGGUCACAUCUAGGAACUGUAUAGACUGUACAUCAUAACUCAUAGUUAAUUUAACUGAAGUAGGAGCUUGGUUAAUUUCCAGUAUCAUCUGUUCUAAUUCAAUAAUAGUGCCAGUCCAGAUGAGGAAUAUGUCGUCUACAAAGCGAUGGUAAUGUCUAAUCCGUUCUCCAUAUUUUAUUAUAACCUGCUGGUUUUCAAAGACGAACAUAAAAGCAUUGGCAUACGAUGGUGCCAUCGCCGCUCCCAUAGCUGUCCCAGAGAGUUGAAGGAAAAAGUUGUUCUCAAACUUAAUUACAGGAUAGGGCAAUAUAGAGAAAUUCCAACAGAAAUUCUAUAGAUGGUCCUGUAUACAGUGGAGAAGAGCUGAGGAUCUCUUGCAGAGCCUGUACACCGCCACUAUGAGGUAUGACCGUGUACAGGCUCUGGACAUCAAGGGUGACCAACAGAGACGCGUCUUCUAUCAAAGGUGUUUGAUUGAUCUUCUGAAUGAAGUCCUGUGUGUCUCGCAGACAAGUGGGAAGUGCCAUUACACUGUUUUUAAUGUGAUAAUAUAUUUUGUGAUGGGUUCCAGUAAGCCCUCAUUGUCUGACACUAUGGGCUUGCCUGGUGGAGUUUUGGGGUCCUUGUGGGUUUAGGUAGCGUGUAGAGCACUGGAUGUUUAGGGUGUUCAACCAACAAAAAUUGUGCCGUUUUAUCAUCUAAAUAUUCAUUUCGGAUUCCCACCUCGAUAUGAUUUUUAAUUCUUGUCUGGAACUUCUUCACAGGAUCGAAUGUGAGUUUAGUAUAUGUAUCACGAUCAUCCAGUUGUCGUAGUAUCUCUUGGCGAUAGUUUUGAUAGGAUUGAAUGACCAUUGUUCCUCCCUUAUCAGCCGGAUGAAUUACAAUAGUCUGAUCUUAGCCAAGAUCCUUUUAAGGCUAUUUUUUUCUCCUUUGGUUAGGUUGGAAUAGUGUUUGGGAGGAUUAAUCAUCAUUUUCUCUGUGUCAGCCUUGACUGCUUGGAUAAAAGUUUUAAUAGAAGGGUUGGGUGUUCAGAUAUCUUUAUUGUAUUUCUUAAAAAAUGGAUGUGAUGGUGUCUGUAUAUUGUCCCUCCCAAUUUCAUUACUGUACAGAGUCCGUUGCAUCUUAUACAUUUCAAUUUCCAUUUGGAAAGGGUCUGGUCUCGAGACCGGAACAAAUGAUAGCCCUUUGUUUAAUAAGGAGUAGUGGUCAGCAUCUAGAAUUUUAUCAGAUAGGUUAAAGACAGUUGUCUCUUAACAGAAUCCUAAUUUCCUAGUAGAUAUCUAAAAUUAAAUAUAACAAGAUAUUGUAUACCUAUUAGUCUACUUAACAAUAGAUGACUUAAUAUAUGUUCUUCCUAUGGUAUAGCAACAUUAUUUAAAUUUUUAUAUGAAUUUAUACACAUUAUUGUUACAGUGGGGCAUGGUCAUAUUUCUUUUCACAGCUUUUUUUCACAGUCUCUUCACUGAUAUCAUAUUCACUUAUUCAUUUUUUUUUACAUUUGAUACGUCUUUCUUUUCAUUUAAUUGAAUCUAUGGAAUGCUCCACAUAUGUGCUCUAAUAUGAUUCUCAUGCUGUAUAUAUUAUAUUCACUAAUAUCCCAAUAGAUAGUCACACAGACUUUACUAUUCACUCUACACGGAACUAUAUUAAACCGGUCGUGUAUUAUAUACACUGGUUUCCUAGCAACCACACUUUCAUCAUCACACAUGUCCAACGUCGUUACGUUAUUACGCAAAUCACGUGACGACCGGCAGACACUUCCGGGUUUCGAGUAAGGGGAGGAGGGCUAUAAUCACAAUUGGUGAGUGCACUUUAUUUUUCUUAUAUAAAGCUUGUUUUUAUGGUAGUAUGUUGAUCUUGAGGAAGACCCGAAUGGGUCGAAACGUCGAUCACUUUAUUACAUACCGUUUGAUGGAAUAAAUACCUUUAUAACUUUGGAAGACAGGAGAGUGCAUCCUUUCUAUGUGUAUAGUGUGUGUGUGUGUGUGUGUGUGUGUGUAUAUAUAUAUAUAUAUAUAUAUAUAUAUAUAUAUAUAUAUAUAUAUAUAUAUAUAAUAUAUAUAUAAUAUAUAUAAUUUCUUUUUAUUUUUUUUAAAUAUAUUUUUAUUAUAAAUGCAUAGACAUCAGUAUAAAAUGUCCUCUUAUUUUGAAUGUAUUUAUUACAGGGGAAAGCUGGAGGGCCAUGAUGUGGACUUCCUUAUCACACAUACUAAUGAAAGUGCUCUAACUGGGCUUUUGGAAAAUGCUAUUAAUUGGCUCAAGAGUAAGGUGAGCAAUCAUUUAUUAUUAGUGUACUUUAUUAUCAACUUAAAUCUAAAAUGGACUGCUACUUCACUCAAGAAGUUUAAUACUUUGAUAGAAAGGAAUUGAUUUGCAAAAAUAAGAAAAUGAGUGCAACACAGAAGAUCAGGCAUUACUUGCUUUGAAAAAGAAUGCACCACUUCUGUAGUGUAUUUACAUUCAAUUUCCUUUGGGUUCCAUGUGAUAUCCCAGCUUAACCCUUCAAUGACGUUAAGAUGCUUAAUGUCAUUCCAAAAAAAGAUGGACUUUUAGACCUUAAGCACACAGCUUUAGUUUUGCACUUAAGUACACAAGCAAUCUUUGCUGUGUUUAUGUUCAAUUGCAAGCUUGGAAUUGUCACCAGUGGGGUACCUCAGGGAUCUGUACUUGGACCCAUUCUCUUUAAUAUUUUAUUAGUGAUAUUGCAGAAUGUCUUGAUGGUAAAGUAUGUCUUUUUGCUGAUGAUACUAAGAUAUGUAACAGGGUUGAUGUUCCAUGAGGGAUAAGCCAAAUGGCAAAUCAUUUAGGUAAACUAGAAAAAUGGUCAGAAUUGUGGCAACUGACAUUUAAUGUGGAUAAGUGCAAGAUAAUGCAUCUUGGACGUAGAAACCCAAGGGCAGAGUACAGAAUAUUUGAUAGUCCUAACCUCAACAUAUGAGGAAAGGGAUUUAGGGGUGAUUAUUUCUGAUGACUUAAAGGUAGGCAGACAAUGUAAUAGAGCAGCAGGAAAUGCUAGCAGAAUGCUUGGUUGUAUAGGGAGAGGUAUUAGCAGUAGAAAGAGGAAGUGCUCAUGCCAUUAUACAGAACACUGGUGAGACCUCACUUGGAGUAUUGUACACAGUACUGGAGACCGUAUCUUCAGAAGGAUAUUGAUACCUUAGAGAGGGUUCAGAGAAGGGCUACUAAACUGGUUCAUGGAUUGCGGGAUAAAACUUACCAGGAAAGGUUAAAGGAUCUUAACAUGUAUAGCUUGGAGGAAAGACGAGACAGGGGAUAUUUGAUAGAAACAUUUAAAUAUAUAAAGGGAAUCAACACAGUAAACGAGGAGACUAUAUUUAAAAGAAGAAAAACUACCAUAACAAGAGGACACAGUGUUAAAUUAGAGGGACAAAGGUUUAAAAAUAAUAUCAGGAAGUAUUACUUUACUGAGAGGGUAGUGGAUGCAUGGAAUAGCCUUCCAGCUGAAGUGGUAGAGGUUAACACAGUAAAGGAGUUUAAGCAUGCAUGGGAUAGGCAUAAGGCUAUCCUAACUAUAAGAUAAGGCUAGGGACUAAUGAAAGUAUUUAGAAAAUUGGGCAGAUGGGCCAAUUGGUUUUUAUCUGCCGUCACAUUCUAUGUUUCUAUGCAAUGGCCAUCUUAAAAAAAAAAAAAACAACAACAAAAAAAACAAAUAAACAAAUGUAUUUGUCCUGCUUUGCAGAGUACAUCAUCAGGGUUAUUUACCAAACUGAGAAUUCAAAGUGAAUUUCAAAUUUAAGGCCAGACUGAAAGCAAAUUUAGACUAUUUUGACCUUAAAAUUGAAAUUCAUCUUGAAUAACCCCAAAUCAUCUUGAAUAAUCCUACAUAUGUCUAGGAUUUAAUUUUGUUUUUGGCAAUUACGGGUAACAAAUACAAGAGUAUUUAUUUUUUAAUAUAUGUAUAAUUUUGUAAACCUGUUGUACUCUAUAAACCCUUAAAAUGUGUCGAGCUCCGGAGCACAAUACCCUCAAUGUAUGCCUUUGCCACUAUCCUGUAAAACUACAGUGCUGUAUAAAAGACCUGACCAUUUCCAUUUUUAUAGUUAGAAUUUUGAUAGAUGGAUUUAAUGGGCAUAUGUUUCAUUUGUGGGCCUUUCUAGCAGUUUGACCGUUCAAAUUACUCCACAAAGGCCUAUUAUUUGUAAAAGUAAACAGUCACGCUACAGUCGCGUUUUCAUAGCGUUAUCCCGGUUUGGGUCUAUACCUUUUACUUGUUUUGCACGCUUGCAUUUCGUUUGUUUCGGCCUGCUCGGGCAUAAUUGCACAUAUAGUUAUUCCCAUGUGCUGAGCUUCGUAGGGCUUGUUCGGUUCUUUUACCUGCACGAACAAAUACUUCGUUCGAUUCCUUUUUCGAAUUUUAAAUUCUGUGCGUAUUUCUAAACUUAUGCGAACAAGUUCUCUUUCGGUUCUAGUAGUCGCACGAACACUCGGUGUGCAAAUCUUCCCGAUUCCCUUAAAUAACAUUAGUUCUCUUAACCCCUUAAGGACACAUGACGGAAAUAUUCCGUCAUGAUUCCCUUUUAUUCCAGAAGUUGUGUCCUUAAGGGGUUAAAUAGACGAAUGUUAUAGUUAUAGGAAUUUAUUUUGUUAUAUGUAAUUCUAAUGUUUGUAGCAGAAUCCCCCUAUGUGCAUAGCCUGGUACUGCAGUCUGAUUUUAUAUUCAUUAUUUUAUUUAUAUAGCGCCAGCAAAUUCCGUAGCGCUGUACCCUAGAGAAUUAAAAUUAUAUUAUAUAAGAUCGGUUAUUAAAUUAAACCUAUAUCUUACAUGUUUUAGAUUUUGCUGGGUACGUCUGUAUCUGUAUAUAUUUUCUCUAUCUUUGGACGUCCAGGAAGUUGUCAUUUCUAGGUUAGUCACAAGUUUGUAUAUAAUCAUGGCAUAAUCCCACACCUUCCUCUGUUGUUUAUUCUCUUGUUUCACUUAUUUAGGUGACACGCUUUAUCCAACAUUUUUCCUGUCAGGGUGCUCAUCAUUCCUGGCAGCAUUUGCCAUUAUUUGCCUCGUGUCCAACAGUAGAGUAUGUUACUUUUAUUUAUUUGGGUCCACGAUCUGGCCCACACAGAAGCAUUAGUUCUCAGAUACUGUUCUACGUUUUUUUUCAAUUUUAGGUUGCUGUACCCAUUUAUACUAUCCUUACUCUACUUCUAUGGAACCUACUUUCAGACCUUACAGUUUCAGGUACGUACUUUUUUUGGUCUAAAUAGUGGUCCCCUAUUAGUAGAAAUUAAUGGCUGUUUGGUAUCUAGGUUCCCAAUAUGGUAGGUUUUCUGGCCUUUAUGCCAUAGUCUAGUGGUCCCGUGAGGCCAACACCCAUCCUAAUACUCAGAGGUAUACGCCCAUCGGUCCAAUACAUAGUUAUUCACGUCGCAUAGAGAGGGCCUCACCUGUCACUCUUCUGUUAUAAAUGUCACUGAGAGGCCGAUACCCCGCCACAACGUUCGCUGGCUUCAACAAUCCCCCUGAGCCAACACAUAGUUAGAGCCUCUCAAGCUGCUUGGCAAUUAGCAGGGCCUCACCUGUCACUUCUAGUGGAAUUGUUUUGCCACUUGGCAAUAGCUAGCCUGCCAGUACCUAUUGGGUUUUCACACUAAAUGGUACUUUUAUAUUUCCGUAUGUCCAAGGCUCUUGAUGUCCCAGAAGAACUGUCCCUUCCAGGCACCCCUGCUACGUCUGGUACUCCUUCCAGCAGAGAAGACACAAAUAGUCCAUCGCUCAGAUCGUGGACUAUACCAUGUAUCACUGCUGAACUCUGCAGGAGGAAUAUCCCAUUUCCGGCUACUGCUAGGAAAGCAGUGCUGUUAAAGAUUCUUAAUCUUAACAGAGGCAACUCUGAUGCUGGGUAGGGGCCUAGUGGAUCCCAGCCGCCUGGUGUCCAAGCCAUAAUAGCAUCUUUAUUAUCAUUGGACAGAUAAACGAUCGAUAGGAGCAGUUGGAAAAGGCAAGCAUUCUUACCUUGCCUACUAGACCCACAGAUGCUAUCCCAGCAGCAUCUGCACUGACAAAACCGGGUAAUUCUCUAGUUCCUGAGGCUAUAAACCCAUCGCAUAUGAUUCCAGCUCAUUUUUAAAAGGACAUCCUCAAAGGCAAGGAUGUUAACCUGGUUUCGCUCCUUAUUGCCUCCCAGGAUGUAAUUGAGAAUAGGACAUAUGCGUAUGGGGAUAUUUCAUUGGUGCUUAAAGCAAGAGACCCGAGGUUGAGUAAAAAGUUAUCUUUGCCUGAAUGUUUAUUGUUCCAUUUAUCCUGUCAAUCUGUCUCACCUUCUUUCAAUCUCACUGAUGUAGAAUAGUACAAUUAUAAUUUCCUCAUGGCAGAAAAUGUUAAGGAUCAUCUUAUAAUGAACAGUAUCAAAAAUUACUGCAAGUUAAUUACAAACCAUUGCCUCCCUCCAGCUCGCUCUCCUACUGUGUUUUAACUCCAAGUUUCAGCAAUCUUCAGUCCCCACAGCUGAUAAUCAUCUGAAAAGUUCAAUCUCCUUUAAGGCAACGCCCAGAGAGAGUUUGGUUGCUAACACAAUUUUAAGCCCCUCAGAUAAUUGGAGCCUUAUUUAAAUAUAAGUUUCUGCCUUCCCCAAAGAUGUGUACAUGCAUAAGCUGGUGGAUCUGGGGAACAAGUACGGUGGUACUGCUUUUUAUGAUUACUGUUCUUUUUUGGCAAAAGUGGCCGCAACUCUGACUCAGUUUAAUUUAUGUAUAGAUUGGAGUAGAUUGGCAGUUAUUCUGCAGACACUUUGCAGGCCUCAGAACCCCGGCUUGUGCAGUCUGCACAUCCACUUCUCACUCCACAAACAUGUGCCCUAAUUCGGCAGAAGUCUCACAGGGCCAAUCCGUUCCUUUCGUUCCCCCAAAUUCUACCACAAUAAUAAAGGAUAAACUGGGUUGGGACAUUGUGUUUUUAGGCAAAUACCAAAUCUGCAAUAACUUAAAUGCAGGUACCUGUGGUUUUUGCGCAUGUAGACUGUUGCACAUUUGUUCUCAUUAUUAUUAUUAUUAUUUAUUAUUGCCAUUUAUAUAGCGCCAACAGAUUUCGUAGCGCUUUACAAUAUUAUAAGAGGGGGGAUUUAACUAUAAAUAGGACAAUUACAAAAAAGUUACGGGAACAAUAGGUUGAAGAGGACCCUGCUCAAUCGAGCUUACAUUCUAUAGGAGGUGGGGUGUAAAACACAUUAUGACAGGAAUUUGCAGUCAAAUAAGGUGGGCUUCCCUUUAGGAGAGAGCAAGAGACAGGUAUGUGAGGUAGAGGUUAGUCUGAGAGGCCAUAAGCUUUCCUAAAGAGAUGGGUUUUAAAGCACUUCUUAAAAGAUGCAAGACUAGGGGAGAGUCUGAUGGCGGUAGGCAGGCUAUUCCAUAGGAAGGGAGCCGCCCGCGAGAAGUCCUGCAAGCGUGAGUUGGCUGUAUGGGUGCGGACAACGGACAGGAGGUGGUCACGGGCAGAGCGGAGAGACCGAGAAGGGACAUGCCUAUGGAUCUGUGAGGAGAUAUAAGAGGGGCUAGAGUUGUUCAGUGCUUUAUAGGUGUGAAUUAGUACCUUGAAUUUACUCCUAUAGGAUACAGGAAGCCAAUGUAAGGACUGGCAGAGGGGUGAGGUGUGAGAGAAUCGACUAGAGAGGAAAAUCAGUCUGGCAGUAGCGUUCAUUAUGGACUGUAGUGGUUCAGUACGGCUUUUGGGAAGACCAAUCAGGAGAGGGUUACAAUAAUCCAUGCAGGCAAUUACUAGAGCAUGGACAAGCUCUUUGGUAGCAUCUUGCAUAAGAAAGGGGCGGAUGCGGGCUAUGUUUUUAAGAUGGAAUCUACAGAAUUUGGCAACAUGCUGGAUGUGAGGCUCAAAGGUGAGCCCAGAAUAAAGUAUGACGCCUAGACAGCGCGCUUGCAAGGAUGGACUGAUGUGGGUACCACAAACUUGAAAGGAGAGCAAAAGAGGAGGAUCAGUAUUAGGAGGAGGAAAGACAAGGAGCUCAGUUUUAGAGAGAUUGAGUUUCAGAAAGUGGGAGGACAUCCAGUUAGAGAUGGAAGAAAGGCAAGCAGUGACACGUUGCAGGACGGCAGGGGAGAGGUCCAGGGAGGAGAGAUAUAACAGGGUGUCAUUAGCGUACAGGUGGUAGUGGAAUCCAAAAGAGGUAAUAAGUUUGCAAAGAGAGGCAGUAUAAAGAGAAAAUAGAAGGGGACCAAGUACAGAGCCUUGGGGGACUCCAACAGAGACAGGACGAGGGGAGGAAGUAUCAUUAGAAAAGGAGACACUGAAUGAGCGUUGGAAGAGAUAGGAGUAAAACCAUGAGAGGACAGAGUAACAGAGACCAAGUGAUUGAAGAGUUUGAAGAAGGACGGCAUGAUCAACGAUGUCAAACGCCGCAGAGAGGUCAAGAAGAAUUAGUAUGGAGAAGUGGCCUUUGGAUUUAGCUGCGAUUAGGUUGAUAGUAACUUUGAUAAGUGUGGAGAGGGCGGAAGCCAGAUUGAAGAGUUGGAAUUGAAGAACUGAGACACACUAAUAAAGACAAGUCUUUCCAGAAGCUUUGAGGAAAAAGGGAGCACGGAUAUGGGAUGAUAGUUAAAUGGGGUGGACGGAUCGAGGGAUGUUUUUUUUAGUAUAGGUACUACAGUGGCAUGUUUAAGGUCCGCAGGGACAAUGCCAGAAGAGAGAGAGCAAUUGAAGAUGUGCGUUAAGGAAGGCACGAGACAAGUGGAGAGAGAUCUAAUAAGGUGAGAUGGGACAGGAUUGAGUGGGCAAGUGGUGGGGCGAGAGGAAAAAAGUAUAGCAGCCACCUCUUGGUCAGUAGCUGGGGAGAAUGUCUGAAGGGUAGGAAAGGCAUGAUCUAUUUGUGAUUGAGAAACAGAAUGUUCAAUCUUGUCAGUAAAGUAACAUGCAAAGUUAUCAGCAGUAAGGUUAGUUUGGGUGAUGGCCACAGCAGGGCGAAGAAGAGAAUUAAAGGUGUCAAUGAGACGCCUGGGAUUGCGGGAGCAUGAACUAACGAGAGAGGAAAAGUAGGACUGUUAGGCAAGGGCUGCGCUGUAUGAACACAAUAUGAAUCUAUAAUGGAGAAAGUCUGACAGGGUGCGAGACUUCCUCCAGGAGCAUUCAGCACAACGGGAGCAUCUUUGCAGGUAGCGUGUUGAUUUAGUAUGCCAUGGUUGGGGGCGGGUCCUCCUUUAGGUGCUUGUUUGAAGCGGUGCUGCAGCGUUCAAGGCAGAGGUGAGGGUAGUGAUAUGACCAGUGAAGGACAGAAGAGGGAAGGGAUGGACAGCAGUUGUGAAUCAAUAUCAGCUCACAACUGCUGGAGAUCAAGAGAAUUAAGGUCCCUCCUGAGUUGAGGAGGGUUAGGCUGAGGUUGUUGGGUGAGGGGGUACACGAGAGCAAAUGAUAAGAGAUGGUGAUCAGAGAGAGGAAAUGGAGUGUUGCAGAUAUUGGAUACUGUACAUGCUGUGGCGAAACCAACCUCGCCACUGUACACUGGAGAAGCCUGGUUGCUCGCCUGCUGCCUUUGGACUAUGGCCCCAUGUUAAAAGACAUCUUUUUUCCCUGCAGAAAAGACUUAUUCGUGCUUUUCUGCCGGGUGUUCGGUAGAUUCAAUCAACCAACAACCGCACGAAUGAAUAGACCACCUGGGAGCUGGAGUGUGCCGGCAAUUAACCUCCCUGAAGCUGCGGUUAACCGCAGCUUAAUUGACGAAUGCUGGGUGGCCGCCAUUCGUAUCACGAACACGAGGUCGCAGCCAUUUUAAAUAUGCGAAUGCACAGCGGUGUUCGACGCUUAAUUCAUGGAACUGAAAUCGGACACAGUUUUGCGCGAACACCGCUGAAGCCGCCGACCUCCCUUCUUGUUCGGUGAAAGUGCAUGAACGGUUUGAGUGUGUUGUGCCCCAGAUAGGAAUCCCAUGGAGCCCAUUCGCAUGAAACUGACUGUGUAAAGACUUUGGCUCCGUGGCGUUUAAACUGUAUUCGUGUGGUCUGAGCGCCAUUCGCUUAAUAAUGUGCGCUCAGACCUGAGCUAUCUGGGGAUAUGUUAAAUGUAUGCUUUUAAUGUUAUGUGUCUCACACAGUGUAUUUUAAUAGUAAUUCAUGUUUUAGUAUCCCCACGUGCAUAAUAGCGAUUUGCCUUUGUCUUGGGAGAUAAUUGAAUUACUUCUCAAUUAUCUCCAAGGCAGAGGGGAGGAAGCCAGGAUGCAUUGUGGGAAUAUAAUGUGACUGUGUGUCCUAUUUGUCAACUUGUCUGUCUUUUGUCACAGUCUCCCAUUUGGUCCCCUAGGGGAGUGUCCACCAGGUGGGAGACCUGCAUAAAAGCCGGGCAGUUAGCCCCAGUAAAUGAGUUCCUGCUUAACCCUCAAAGUGAAGUGUCGUCUCGUUAUUGGGGGAGGAUUUACUGUAUGCUGUUAGAGACUGAUUGCCAGGAGUGUAAGCCGCUUGGGGACUUUUCCUGUUUGUCUGCCAGCAGCUAUUCGUGUGUCUCCAGUUCGGGAGUUUGGAGUGCUGCUUGGUAUGCAGUUCGGGAGUUUCGAGUAUUCCCUUGGUUGCAGUUCGGGAGUUGGUGAAUUCGUGGGUUUGCAUUUCGGGAGAUUGGUGCUUGCAGUAGCUGUCUGUGCAGCUGAGAAAAGGGGAAUAUCGCCUAAACGGUUUUUAACCGCUUGUGGGCAAAACGAUCCGUUACACAUGCAUAGGAGAAGAUUAGGUCAAGGUUUUUUUCCAGCUACAUGGGUGGGAGAAUUAGCCCACUGGGAUAGCCCGAGGGAGGAAGUAAUUGAAAGUAGUUUAGAGGCUGCUGAGGUCAAAGGUGGGUUAAUGGGAAUAUUGAAGUCCCCGAGAAUAAGGGAUGGAAUAUUAGAAGAGAGGAAAUAGGGUAGCCAGGCAGCAAAGUGGUCAAGGAAGAGAAGAGGGGAACCAGGGGGAUGAUAAAUAACAGCAAUGUUAUCAGAGAAGGGUUUGAAAAGGCAAAUUGAAUUUGUUUCCAGGCUCAUGCCAAAUCCAUGUGCCCAAAUAAAAUGUACCCCAAACCCUACCUCACUAGUAUUGAUAUUGUAUGUUUUUUCUGAACUGUUAAGGAACCACCCUUCUCAACAGUUGGUUAACUUUUUUUUUUUUUUAGUUGUGGGAUUAUCACGGGGUUUCACACAGGUAUCAUUCACUUGCCAUCUGGUAAGCUUGAAUGUUAUUUACAGUCAGCCCUAGCAGAUCCAGACUCUGUAGACAAACUGAUAAUGACUGAAUUGGAACAGGGAUUUGGUCUUGGCACUUUUAGGUCCCCUUUAACCUCAUGGAGAACUAAUCCUAUUGGGAUAAUCACCUCCAAAUAUUCUCAGAAAAGAUUGAUCUUUGAUCUAUCGGCACCACGUUCCUCCACGGUUCCUAGUCUAAACUCUCUCAUACCCUCAGAAGAGUUUUCCUUACUAUACACCACCAUUGACAAUGCCAUCGGAGCCAUUCUCGCAGCAGAGGCAGGGACAUGGCUCAGUAAAACUGUUAUUGUCAAUGCUUUCAAAUUACUUAUAUUUCACCCUUCACUGUGGCAUGGUUUUAUAUUUUUUCUGCAGACUCGUGUUCGGUUCCAAGAACAGUCCCAAAAUAUUCAAUAUUUUUGCGGAAACCCUAUGCAGGUUGCUACUUAACGUGUGCAGAUGCUUGACUGUAAUACAUUACUUGGACGACUUCCUCACGAUUCCUCUCACCCCCUUCACAGUCAGUCAGUCUUUUUGAAUCCCUGGGUAUAUCCGUAUCCCCAAAAAAGACUGAAGGGUCCUGAUACGGUAAUUCAUUUUCUAGGAAUUCAACUAGACUCUGUUAAUAUGCUGACCUGUCUUCCUCGUGAAAAAAUUGAGCGAACUUUGUCAGGUAUCAACCUUUCCUUACAAUUGGGUUCCUGCAACUGGAAGCAACUACAGUCGCUGCUUGGCUCGCUCAAUUUUGCCAUGAGGCUGGGCUGGUCGCUCAGUCAGAUGCUUCUUAGAUAACCUAGCUACCUGCCACAUUGUCAACAAAGGUCGAUCAUCCUCAAUAAUAGUCAUGAGGUUUUAGAGGAAACUCACUUUUGGUGGCAGACACUCACCAAUUUUUUUCUUACGUGUAUUCACAUGCCGGGGGUUUCUAAUAUAUCUGCUGAUCACCUGUCUCGUUCCCGCUUGCAGGCAUUUCACGAGACUCUUCCCACGGCCUCCCGUCAAGCUACUCCUGUCUCUCCAUUUCAAGACAUGUUAGUUGAUUAAAUGUUUUGUUGUUACAUGCACAAAACCCCACUUGACACUCUCGGAUAACACUAGGAAAUCCUACGACAGGGCUUUUCACCAAAUUCACUACUGAUUUUCAUAUUCACGACAAGUUUGCAAUGGGGUCUUUAUUGGGUUUCACUUCUUUUUGCCACCUUAAGAUAAAAUUAUCUUAUAACACUAUAAAACUCUAUCUAACAGGCAUUCAACACCACAUGCUGAUACUACACCUUAACAGAACUGGAUUCUUAUCCUCUUAUUAAAUUAAAACCUUUCUAAAAGAGGUUUACAGAAAUCUGACAAACUAAGAGACUACCCAUCCAAGGUAAACUAUUCCAAUCACUAUCUAAUUUAUUAGAUACUUCUCCUUUCGAACCAAAUACCAAUAUGGUAAUCAAAACAGCCGUAUACCUAGCCUUUUACAGUUUCCCAAGACCAAGCGAAUUCACCUCUGGCACUCUUAACUGCCGCAGAUUUCCUUACAACUAGGAAUAUUACUAAAACCAGGGAUCACUACAUCCUGUCACUCAAUCAUUCCAAAACAAGUCAGAUGGGACCUCUGGUCAAUUUACCAUUCUAUCCUACUUACAAUAAAUGGUGCCCAGUUCUGGUUUUAGAUGCAUACUUCACUACGUUUUUCAAAUGUUACCUCACCAACCACUUCUUGAGCUACACAAUUCCAUACUCACUACGUCCAAAUUUAUGCUGUACGAUUGUCUGCUAUUAACUAGGCUUGGCCUUAAUUAAAAUCUCUAUUCAGGCCACUCUUUCCACAUAGGGGCAGCCUCAUCUGCCCCCUCCAAUAACACUCCAGCACAUAUCAUCUAAGCCAUGGGACGCUGGAAAUCAUCCAUGUAUACCCUAUAUAUCCCUGAACCAGUUAGAGAUUUGUCAAGCCUUUCAAGACUUAUCCAAAUGAUUAAAGUAUUGUAGAACAAAUAAAAUUUACUAUGGUACACUUCUUUGUCCUCUUUUAUUACAGGCUUACUGCAUUGUCUGUUCUGGCAAACCUCAACGACUGGUGUUUUUAAACUAUGUUACUAUUUAUGGUAGCUAACCAUUACGGCAAUAUUGCCCCGACCACAUUUAGACCAGAUUUAUUUACAUUUAUUUGUUCUGUGACUGCACCUUCCUAGAGAGAUAGAGAGAGGGAGGGAAUAUAUAUAUAUAUAUAUAUAUAUAUAUAUAUAUAUAUAUAUAUAUAUAUAUAUAUAUAUAUAUAUAUAUAUAUAUUCCUGCACUCCAUGAAAUUCAAAAUAUACUUGCCCGGUGCUUGACAGGCAAAAAUACAACAAUGGAUAAGAUAGCACUCCCAGGACUUGGAAUAAGUAUAAAACUUAACUUUUAAUAUACUUUAUAAAUAAAUCGACAUUUAACACAGACUUUCAUCAGGACUACAAGAAUAUAUAUAUAUGGGGUGAUAAAUAUUAAAAAUAAUAUUUUCAUAAAAAUGAUCAAAAAUUAAUUUAAUUUUUAUUAUAUCAAAAUUGAUAUCUUGGCACUGUUUCCCUGAUUUAUAUUAAUUAAAGCUGAGAAUUACCCACUAUUUUUAAUUCUCAUAGAUUCUGGAGUACGUUUCAUUAGAGGAUUUUUAUUUCACAAAUUAAUUAUAUAAAAUAUAUAUAUUUUUGACAAUAUUUAACAUGCGUGACAAUCAGUGAAUAUUUAGGUAUAACAUAAGUAUACAAUAUGGCAGUGAUUUAACACAAAUUACAGACCGCUAAAUAGCAAGUUAUGUGUAUUCAGUUUUCAACAAGAUUUACGACAGGACUCUUCACUUUGAAAUCGAGUAACUAACACUUCCUUAACACAGAACACAGCAGCACAGCAUAAAGCAAAAAAAACUUUGGCUGACAGACAAAUCACAUUGAAUUAACUCAUUCACUGCUGGCUGCAGUUCUCAUAUUCAAGAUUUCCUAUUAAAAAAUGCAAAGAUACAAUAAUUGGAUAGUUCCCCUUAAAAGAAGGGGGGGAGCUCCCAAUAAAUCUGAUAGUGAUGGUGAAGAGAAUGCCAACUGAUACAAAAUAUACCUAUAGAUUUGUCAAAAGUAUAAAAAGGUAAUAACUACAGGGAAGGCAUAUAAUUGAUAUUUUAGACACUGAAUGAACAUGUAUCCUAGCAUAAACAGUGAUACACUGCAACUUUAUUAACUGUACUGUAGAGAGGAUACAAUGUAUCAGUGUCUCUGAAAUGCUUAUAACCCUAAAAUCCUAUGUGGAUCAACCUCAGUGUCCAAAUCUCAAUUAAGGCAUACUAAGUGUUAGGGAAAUGAGAUAUAUCACAUGGGAUGAUCCACAGAGAAAACAAAAUCAAUGUAGUACCUUAAAAUCUUAUUAUAGAUAAGUAGGUAGGGCAAUAGAGGAGACAGUAUAGCAUAGAAUAAACCUAAUAUCCGUUACUAAGUAGCUUUACAAAUAUGUUGGAAGUGAUAUGAGUAAUUAAAUUUCAAUAUAACCAGUGGUUGGAGUAAUAUAAUUGAGGAAACUCCCCUAAAAAAAGCGCCACUAUUCUAAUCUCCUAUAAUCUCCUCCUAACACCUUCGUGGGUGUUCUAUAGUAAGUAAGCUAGCUAAGCGCUGUCCCCUCACACUGAUACCACUACACUAAUAAAGCUCCAUAAAGAAUUAACAUUUAGACUAAUGAGAAAAACAACAAAAGUAAAGGUGUAUAAAGGAUUCCCUCGUGCAUAGUGAAGUGCUCGAGUGAGUGGAGGGAAAUCCAAAAGAAAAACCCGACGCGCGUUUCAGAGUACAAGACUCCUUCGUCAGGGGCUGAAAAUUGCUGCCCGAACUCCCCCUGGUAUUUAAAUAUAAAUUAGCCAAUCCAGAGUGUUAAAAUAAAUUUCGGCAUUGAUGACGUAUCGCUUAGCGAUCACGUGGGGUUACCGUGGGCGGGAUAUGAAACUGUAGCGUCAGAAUGAUUGACAGUACUUAGCCCGAACGGUAAAGGCUCAUUAUACGAAUUUUAUAUAUUUAGGAAUCAACUUGUUGAAAGUUGUUGAAAGUGCUGGAUGGCCUCUCUGACUAUUAUUCGCCGCAUUAAUAUAUACACAUGCCUGCAAAUGGUUUAUGGAUAUUUCGCCAAUCACUAUAAUUAUAUGCAAUGGUUAUCUUCAAAUUAUUUAAAGGUAUAGAUGAUCAAAUCAUUGUAUUACCGAUAUCUCUUGAUAAAAAUAUCUUCCGAUUAUAGUAAUAGAGGUAUAGAUAUAGUUAUGUUUUUCUAUAUUAAUAUCCAAAUUAAAAAAAAAAAAAACGAAAAGAGGGAAGAUGGGCAAAAGACAAAAAAAGGGGGGGAGUUAAGGAACUUAAAUUAAACAAUCCACCAAAUAUAAUGCUAACCAGUAAUCCAAAAUUACUGGGCUGAACUUUAAAGAAAAAAUGUUAGCUAAUAACUAGACUGGUUAAGGUAUAAAAAUCAAAAUAUUUACAUGCGUUCUAAAAAGUUAUAGAGACUUCCUAAAUAAAUGGGGAAUAUGAGAAACCUUAAUUUAGGGGACAAUGUUUUUAGAUGGUAAAUCCAAUAGCAUUCACGUCUUCUUAGACGUUGAUCCCAAUUGCCUUUCCUUUGGUCUGGUUUAAUUAAUUCAAUGCCCAAAAAUUUGAGGACACUAGGGUCCCCCUUGUGGGCUGUCUUGACAUGUCUGGAGACAGGAGUUUCAAUGUUCCUAGCUGUUUUAACUGAGUUUAUAUGUUCGAGAAUUCUUUUCUUAAAUGGUCUGAAAGUUUUGCCUACAUACAUAAGAUGGCACUGACAGGUAAUUAGAUAAAUCACCCCUUUUGAAUUACAAUUAAAAAAUGAUGGUUUAAAAUUUUCUGUAUGGGUGCUGUUGCUGGAAUUUUUUGAACUUGUGCUUAGAUAAUUGCAGGCUUUACACCUUCCGCAUCUAUAUGUGCCUUUGAUUUUAUUUGACAACCAAUGUGUUGGAGGUUUGUUGGGUUGGAAAUGACUAUGCACUAGCAUGUCUUUUAGGUUACUGCCUCUUCUAGCUGUUAAGGAUGCAUAUGACAGAAGAACAUCUUUCAACUGUGCAUCUUGUUUUAGAAGGGGCCAAAAACAAUUCAUAAUUGUCUUGACCUGAUCCCAGCCUGCAUCAAAGGUGGCAAUGCAUCUGAGUUGUUUCUGGUCUGCUUCCUUUGAGGUUGAGGAGAGGGCCAUGUUUUCUCUGAGAAGACUUUCCUGUUUAGUUAAGAGAGCCCUAUGAUAUGCCCUCUUUAGACACUUAUUUGGGUACCCCUUGGACCUAAACAUUAGACGUAAUUCUUUUGCUUUUAUCUUGAAAUCUUCUAUGUCCGAACAAUUACGUCUUAAACGUAAAUAUUGGCCAAUAGGGAUCCCCUUUUUCUGUUGGAUCGGAUGAUGACUUUUCCAAUUCAACAGACUAUUUGUAGCUGUGCUUUUUCUAAACAGAUUGGUUUUGAUCAUACCUUGUUGAUCCGAGGAUACAACAAGAUCAAGAAAACUUAAAGAGGGAGUGCCGAUUUCCGCGGUAAACCUGAGGUUAAGGUCAUUAACAUUCAGGCCUUGCACGAAUUGGAGGAACUGGUCCCCUGACCCAGUCCAGACGAUAAUAUCGUCAAUAUACCUUUUCCAAAGGUGGAUGUACUGGGUCAGGGGAUUUUUGGGGGGAGAUGUAAAUACAACUUGUUCCUCCCAUGAACCCAGGUGCAGGUUGGCAUAUGAGGGUGCACACGAUGUCCCCAUAGCGGUCCCCUGCACCUGAUGGUAGUACACCCCAUCAAAUAGAAAAUAAUUAUGUGUUAACACAAAUAUUAAAAGAUUCAAUACCAGAUCUGUGUGCUUAUCAAAUUGUGUCCCUCUCUUCCUCAGGAAGUGCUCUGUGUGUUUAAUACCUAGGAGAUGUGGAAUGGAGCUAUACAGGGAUUCUAUGUCCAAACUGCAGAGUAUAGAAUUUUCCGGUAGUUGGAUCUGAGUCAGAACUGAAAGCGUCUGCUUGGUGUCUCUCAAAUAUGAUGGAAGUUUAGUUACCGAGGUUUCAAAAUAUAGUCCAGGUAGACGCUGACAUUUUGAGUCAUAUCAUUUCCCGAGACAAUCGGUCUACCCGUUAAGACACUAUAUAGUUUGUGGAUUUUGGGUAGACUAUAAAAGGUGGAGAUACGAGGACUACCAAUAACCAUAUAGUUAAAUUCAUCCUUUGAGAUUAUUUUGUCAUUUAGACCUUGUAAUAGGAUGUUUUUUAAUUUUUCAGCAAAUAUUUUGGUAGGAUCUUGUUUUAAAAUCUUAUAAGUAGUCUGAUCUUUAAGAAUUCGUUUAUUCAUCUCCACAUAUUUUAAAGUAUCCAUGAUGACAAUAUUUCCUCCUUUGUCUGAGGGUUUAAUUGUUAUUGCCUGAUUGUCUUUUAAAUCCUUCAAAGCCCUAUAUUCCAUUACCGUUAGAUUGGAAUUUGGUUUAUAGCUUAUCUCACUAGGUGAGAUUUUCUCAAUCUCCUCACAUACCAGUUCUACAAAGGUUUCUACAUAUUUUGAAUCGCCUAGUUUGGGGCAAAAAUGACUUUUAUUCCUCAGUGUCAUAUAGGGAUAUUUUGCUCCCUCAGUCGUGUCACUCUCUUCUAAUAAUUCCGCUAAAAUCAUGGUUAAGCGGUAGUCCCUGAGUUCUAACCCCAAAUUUCCUAUUAUAUUACAAUGACAAAUACAAUAUUUCUCAUACUAGAUCAUUGACCAUUCCUAUGUCCAUCCAAUAAGAAUAAUUCUAACCAGAUUUUACGUUUGCAGAAUUUUCCUAAUUAAGAUUCACUAUUUCUAAAUGACGUAAGCGAAUAUAUAUGGAUAAUUGCCUGGUAUUCUAUUUUUAAAGUUAAAAGUAAUAUAGAGUUCAUUGGUCCAUCUGCAGUAAUGGAAUUACAAAUUCUAUAUAUUAACGAAUCAUGACUCCUUAAUGUUGGAAUCACCAGCUUUUAUCCAAGUAUAUUCUGCCUUUUAGUAAAACCAAUUCAUUUAAAUUACUUAAAUUAAAUAAAACCAGCAUAAUUACCGGUUAUGUUGUAGAAUUUCUCUUUUUCAGGCUUGGGUAUGUAUCCCAUUAAUGGUGAAUGAGAGUAUGAUGAGAAUUGUGGGAAAAAUAGAAAAGUUUUCAGAGUUCUGAAUUUUAAAGAUAAGUGAUAGUUUGAAGAGAUGCAAAGAAUUAGGUAUGUCCAGAUGUCAGAUCUUAGAUGUUAGGUGUGAGUCCAUCCUCAGAGUGUCCUUAAUUUUUAAAGGAGAAGUGCUCAAUACGUCACUAGUUGAUAGGACCAAUAGAGAACUGUGGGUGUGUCUUCCCUACAGACUAUCAUCUAUAUUUUGGUCAGUAGUUGGCACAAUAACAUCAUAGAAAAUUCUUGUCAGGGGGUCCAUUUACUUUUUUGUAUAAAGGGUUAACUGAAUUUCGUGAUGCGUUUGACGUAAUCACGGUUAUCAUUAUGGUUACCUAUUCGUCAAAGACAUGUCACUCUUCAAAGCAUUUUCUUUGGUUUAUGCCAGACUUAUGUCUGCUGUUCUCGCCAUACGUUAGAUUUCUGACACAUCCUAAACUCUUCUUCACCUCUUUAUACAAUGGAACUUUGUUUGCUUUGGACUAGAGGAGAGCCCAGUACAGUCUCUGGUCUGCCAAGCCAUGGCACACUCAUCCUGUCACAUAAACCCUUCUAAUCUUGUCACACUCCCUACUUCAGCCAUACCACAUUCACCCCAACCAUGCCACACCACACUGUCACAUUAACCACCUCCCCCCCUCCAAUCCUGUCACACUUACCUCCCCUUGCCUGUCACACUCCCUCAUUCAGCCAUGAAACACUCACCGCACAAUACUGUUACACUCACCCCCCCUGCCAACAUUAUCUUAUUCACCCGCACGCCCUGUCAGUUAUCCCUUUACACACCCUGUCACAGUCACUCCUAAACACAGUCAUCAUACACACACACAUUCAUGAAACAUUGCUUAGCCAUAAAAACAAUGCACAAAGGCCACAAGCAUCUGGUUUGACAUAGGUUUAAUGGACAAAUUGACUCUGGUAUAUAUUUUAUGGGAAAACUGACUAUGGCAUGUUAUGUGGGGCAAAGUGAUACUGUUAUGUGUUCUGUUUGGUGUGCUUUGAUUGAGAAGCACUAAUUUAGAUCAUAAUUUAUAGCUUGUCAUUGCAAUAAUUUUUGAAACCUAAAGAAAAAAUGAGCUUCAAAUGCAAAAAGUUAUUCUAUGUUUGAAUAGAUUAACAAAAUAGUUAAAGUGGCUAUGAUGCAGGGAGUGCCCUCCCAGAGCAAGUAGAUAAACGGUUUGUUUUGAAAACUUUUAUAUGGGGUGCAGAAGCUGAGUGCACUCGGCUAAUGAGUGCAGCCCUACACCACUGGGUUUAGCUUAGUGCAGAGAAGUGCUCUGGUACCCCGCAGUAAGUGGUCAAAUGUUUCUUAAACAAUUUUACUAUUUACUCUAGGGUGACACUUCUGGUACCAUAACCACUGCAGUGGGAAAUGGUGCCUGGAGUGUUCCUUUAAGACCAAUUUAAGGUUGUUUCUUCUCUAUGCUUUGAAACAUUUUACAAUACAUUGUAAGGAAAUGUGUAACUGGCACUGUUCAAGCUUACAAUCAAGAUCUUCAAGUAGGGAUACAAAAUAGAAUGUAACUUCUAAAUGGGUAAAAUAGUAGGUUGCAAUUAUUUAAAAAUUAUAUUUUGACAUAACCAUGAGAGGCAGUUAAUUGACUAGUCCUAGGUAUCCCUCUCAAAUACUUCCCUAGAUCUAGACAAUGACAUGUCCACAUUAAAGGAAGACUUUGGGCAUCAACAGAAUUUGCAUUUGACCUUUUAAUUAUUAUGUUUUUUUCUCCCUGUUAAAAUCUGUUUGCUUAAAGAAAAAGGCUUGUAACAUUUUACAGCAGUACUUUUAGCCACGCUCUUUUCACAAAGCACCAUUUCUUAUUAGAUGUAUUCUGAGUAUAUACUCUGCUCAGCCAAUGAGAGACCAGUGGGCUUAACUGUUGACUUCACCCACUUUAUAGCUAUUGUCUUAUUGGUAUAGUAUUUUAAAGCUGUACUUUGAGGAAAGGGUAGAAAUGAUAAGAGGACAGGGAUUGGCUGUGGGUUGCAGUGGUGUAAGCAAUUCAGCUUCUGAGUGCAUGCUCAGAAUACAUCUCAGAUGAAAGAUUAUUUGUGAAAAGAUAGAGAGUGGCUAAUGGCACAGGGAUAUGUUCUGUGGAAAGCUACAAAACGUUUUAUUUAUUUUUUUUGCCUGAACUAUGAGAUUUGAAGUGAAGAAUAACACCUCAUAAAUAUAAAAAGACGAAAUCUAGUUGAUGCCUAGAAUAUGAUUUGAGUGUCCUUUUAAAAAUCCCGUAGCAUCAUAACCUUUAAGCAAAAGUACAACUAAACCUAAACUAAAAAAGACUUGUACAUUAGUUUAAUGAAAACUAAUUCUUGCUUACUUUUAUUGCAAUGUUAAGAUAUGUGUGCUACAUCAUUAUAUCUACACAUUAUACUACUAAUAUUGUAAAACUGCACCUGUAAUUCCAGUAUAUUUAUAGAGUAUUGGAGUUAAAAACUUUUUGCCCUGUGUAUUUUAUUACGUUUCAUUUGAAUUGUUUGUCUUUCAGUGUAAUAUUGUAGGAUAUCUGUUCUCAUCACUCACUAAAUCUCUCCAUUCAGGGUUUGAUCUUAUACUAUCACAUGAAAAAGAGGAAACAUACAUCACAUGCAGUUUCCAGCUUAAUGGAUGGCCAUGAAACCUACUAUACCAUCUGUGCCCUGCCAAGCAGCAGCUCGCAGAACACAGAUCUUGAAGUAAAACCACACAAUUUUGUGGCUGCAGAACAGAUGGCUUGUCUGAAGUCACAGAUCUCCAAGGGCUGGAGAGCAGUGCGAGUGGAUUUGGUGGUUACACCGCAUGCGGAGUAUCCUUAUGCUCUUUUGGGAUGGACAGGAUCAAAGGUUUGUAGUACAUUGGCUUGGAUUCUGUUUGUAGACCUAUUCAUGAAUUCUGUUGUACUCUUUUUUUUUCAAAUUCUGCUUUAUUUAUUAAAAAAUUUGUUUAAUGCUAGUUUUUAUGGAUUAGUGGAAAACAAGACUAAUAGUGUACAGUCAAUGACAAAAUAUGAAGGAUAAACAAAACAAUAAAUGAAAAAAGUUGCAAAUGAAACCAGUUGCAAUAGGACUGCCGGUUUGUUUAACCAACAAACAAUCUGCAACAGAUUUCUACACUGCAACCUGCAAUUUAUUUUUUUGUCUCGUAAGAAGCUUAAGACGAGAUGACAAAAAUACACAUGGGUCAGGUGAGAUGGUUUUUAGAACACCUGAGAAAAGAGAGAAUAGAUCUCCAGAAGAUUGAAUUUUUUUAUUUAUGACGAAAAUAUUCUGGGUAUAAAGGCAGCAAAUGAUGUGCUAAUCACAUUAGUACAUCUACAAUAUCACGGAGUUCUAUUUUAAUGUCCUAAUUAUCAAUGCAUUGCAGUAGCCAGUUAGUUAACAUUUGUAUUACCUUUUCUGCUUCUGUCCAAGCAGCACAGAAGAUGUUGACAUGCGACUGACUUAGCAUAUGUUGCAAAUAGCUUCCGCUAUAUACUGCAUUUACUCAAAGGUGAUUUCCUUACCCGUAGAAUUACUUGUAUGUCAUUAGCAGACCUUGUGAUUUUCUACCUUUUUCUAUAAAAAUGGCAAUCAUAAGGCUGUGGCAGACUCAUCUAAUUUGUCUGUGAAUAUGUACAUUGAGCAAUUUUUUUUUAAUUAAAUUUUUUUUUUUUAUUAUUUGUUUUAUUAGAGUACAGAAGAAAAAGAGGGGGUAGGGGUAAGAAGGCACCUGCCAGUUAGAUUGUUGUUCACAUUUUACAUAGCAGGGACGGUAAAGACAAGACAUUGGAGUGAUAGACCUUGCUUUGUACACACAUAUACACGUUUUGUUUCUUUGAGACCUGUCCAGACCGGUGGCGCAGUCCUGCUGCUGGAGUCCCCCGGUCACUAGGCAGUCUCGCUUUGGUGGUCUACUGUCAUGUAUGUCUCUAUAGGGUUGUUGAGUUACGUCACUCUGCGCCUCUAUGCAGGCUUCCUUCUAUAUAGAACUAUGUACAAAGGAGUGGGUGCCUCAGCUCGUCUUGUUAUGUGAGAGAUGAAUUUAGAGGGUGGUAUAGAAAAGUUGGAGGUUUUUGGUUUUGUGUUGGAGCCUUCUGUCUUACUAUCCUUGGGUGGGGUGGGGCUUUCUGCUCAAUCUCUUUACUGGGUGGGUGGAGUAUGUUCGUCAGCUACUUGUUAGCAGAAGCAACAAAGGUAUUAUUUGGGUUUUGUAUGUAGUGAGCUGUCAUGGUUCAUAUGUAGGAAGGGUCUCCAUCAGUGUUGUGCGUUUAUCUUCUCUUGGACCUGGUUCCCAGCUUUUUAGGGCUCUACAUGUCUUUCAUUUCCCCACAUCGGUGGGGUCAAUGGACUUGUAGGUAUCUAGUCUAGCUAUGCAACUUUGCACACUUUGAUUGGAUCGGUGGCUUUUCCUGGCCAUAUUUUCAUAAUCUAAAUUAGUAGUGAGCUGUUGGAUGAGGGUCAAUUUUAUUUUAUUUUUUUAAUAGUCACACUGCAUACAAGGGAAAUGUGGCACAAUCAAUGAUUGCUGAUUUCUUAUUUAACUGUCCAUGGUAAAAAAAACAGUCUACUCUUCUUUACAGCAUUUUGAGAGGGAACUCAGGAGGUUCUCCUUGCACGAGAAAAAAAUGUCUCUAAACAGCCAUGGUCUUUAUGACACUGAAAAGGUGAGAUUCUGCCUUCUGAAUAUCCCUCUUUUGCAGGUUUUCUGAAAACUGAUCAUCCUGCAAGUGUCUGCUGCACAUAGGAACUUGAUGAUCUAUUAACCAAUCUUUUCACACAUUACUUUCAAUUAGUGAGGACGUGUGACAUCACUCACACAUGCUUAGUAAUGUUACUAAUAACUAUGCAAUGGCGAUGCACAAUAUAGCCAAGAGUGGUAUUUCAAUCAUUACAAAAAAUAAAAUAGUCUACUUAUUUCCAAUAAUUAGCUCAAAAAGAUUAUCUGUGAAUAAAAUGCCACUCUUCAAUUAACUUUUUACAAGUUUGUUGCCUUUUUAUGCACAAGGUGGUGGUGGUGGGGGUUGUUUUUUUUUUUUGUGUGCGUUUUUUUUUUUUUAUAUAUUUAUAUAUAUCUUGUUUCUCUUCGCCUUAAAAGAGGGAGACAAGAAAAGGUGGAGUCAUGGUGAAAUAGUUUUGUUAUAGAAAGCAUGUUUACGGCAUUGUGCACAAAAAAAUCAGGGAUGAUUAUUUGCAUGAUUCACAAUCAGAUUCACUCUUUCACGAGUACCAGGCACCCAAAUCAUAUUUGCAUGCUAGGUGCUCUUUAAUAGGAACUCUGAGUCAAGAUUCAAAGGUCACUGUUUGUAAAUGCAUAUAUUGUCCACAGCACAGGACAUGAGGCUGUUAGUCUCCUCUCAUGAACAGUCUAUUAAAAUAAUUCUGUUUAACAUAAAGGUAGCAGUUUAUGGCAUGAGUGCUUUCUAAUUUGUGUGUACUGCUACACUAGGCAAGACUUACUGGAAGUAAAAAUAAUAUAGAGGAAAUGUCUAAAGGGUGAGAUAGAUCCAACCCUGAAGUCAAAAAUUAGGACUAAAUGGGCGACAAGUGUUGGGCAUAACCCAGAGCGAUAGAGUGCCAAAUAUCAUUUAACUCCAAGCACCAAAUCAACAUCAAUGUAAUGUAGCAGCUUUGGUGUAUAGAUCAUGCAGUCUCGGUGCUCAGUUCUGUCAUUUAAGAGCUAUAUUAUUUAAUAAGCUAUGAGACAGGAGAUUUAGGGAUUUCUUUUAAUAAGUCCACUUUCCUUAUGACUAUUUAAAUAAGCUCUCUUAAGCUGCCACUACGCAUCUUUGUGUGUACAAUUUAGUAUUUGGACACUGUUUAGCCACUGUCUAUAAGGUUGGCUGAUUUAGGUGUUCUUUACCAUCUUCAUACUGGUUGCCACUGUGGCUACAGAUAUAUUUGUCUCAGGUGUAAGAUAUUUGGCACUCUAAAUUGAGAGUUGAUUGAUCUAUUAACAUAUCUAUCGAUUUGGGGUUGCUUCCUUUACCUGAUUCUAUUAUAUGGACUAAGUCCACAAGACAAUAGUUUAUACUAUGGGCUUAAGAUUGCCUCUAGACUUAGAGGAACGUGCAUCUUGAUCCAUUAAUAUAUGUACUCCUUCAGGGUUGCUCCUACCACUAGUAGCACCUGAUAUUAUUAUAUGUACUAAGUCUACAGGUAGACACUUUAUACACUGUCCCACUGUCUCCAUUUUUGUCUUUAGUCAGCAAUUGUCUUUAGACCUAGAGGAGCGACUAUCUCCUCCUGAAUCUAGAUAUUAUAAUUACAAUAUGUACCUCUGGUUUUUGAUAACCUAUACUCUCUGUCUCUCUAACCUAUUGGAUACCAGGCACAGUAUCGUUUUUUUUUUUGCCCUACUUUCCCCUAUACUUGCACUAUACUAGCUAGACUCCAUUUAAGAUCUAGACCCUGCAAGGGUAGCACUGUUUUUCCCCUUUUUUACCGUUCACUGUUGAUUCUAUGAAUUUUUUUAUUAAAGAAUUUUUUUUAAUUUUUUUUUAUUGAUGUUGUAUAAACCAUGGUAAUUGAGGUAUAUACUCUUUUGUAUGGGCACACCUCCUGUUAAUAUCUGUUGGAAGCUGAACUUUGGUUCUCCUUUCCAGCAACUUGUGACAGUUGGGGAUUUUUCACUUACUGUAAGUAACUUUCUCAGUCAAUUAUGAAGAUGCAUUAUAACUCUGAUAAUGUUCACAUAGGUAAUGCAUCAUUAGACAAUUUUCCUUUUCUGUUUACAGAGAUGUUACCUACCAGCUCAUUCUGAAGAGGAAAUCUUUAAACAUCUUGGCUUGACAUACAUUUCACCUUCUGACAGAAAUGCCUGA